CCGUCUGUCGCCAUUCUUCUCUCUUUCUCUACGAACAGAUCUUUUCAUUCCGUGGCGGAGAGACAGCAACCGGACGAGGGGAGGGGUUUUGCCUUAACCCAGGGACCUGCUCUUCUUCCUUUCUACUUCCUCUAACCUUUGCUUUCUUGCCCUAAAUUGAUUUAACUUGCAAAUCAAGUCUCCAUUCCUUCUCUAUACUGCUCUACGACGUAAAAAAUGGCUUCUGCUGUUGGAGUUGCCCCUCCCACCGCUACCAUCAAGGAUGGUGAGACCAAGGUUGUAGAGAGGACAGAUUAUCUGAAUUUGCCUUGCCCCAUUCCCUACGAAGAAAUCCACCGAGAGGCUCUGAUGUCCUUAAAGCCAGAACUUUUUGAGGGAAUGCGCUUUGAUUUUACCAAGGGACUUAAUCAGAGGUUCUCUUUAAGUCACAGUGUAUUCAUGGGACCUAUGGAAGUUCCUUCUCAAUCUACUGAGGCCAUUAAAAUCCCCACUGCUCACUAUGAAUUUGGGGCUAAUUUCCUGGACCCGAAGAUGAUGCUUUUUGGAAGGAUAAUGAUGGAUGGGAGGCUUAAUGCAAGAGUGAAGUGUGAUUUGAGUGACAAUCUUACUUUGAAGGCAAAUGCUCAGCUUACAAAGGAGCCUCACAUGUCACAUGGAAUGGUUAAUUUUGAUUACAAGGGUAAAGACUACAGGACUCAAUUCCAAUUGGGAAAUGGUGCUUUAUUUGGAGCUAGUUACAUCCAGAGCAUUACCCCUCAUUUAUCCUUGGGCAGUGAAGUCUUUUGGGCUGGUCAACAUAGGAAGUCUGGUAUUGGUUUUGCUGCUCGAUACAACUCAGACAAGAUGGUUGCUACUGGGCAAGUUGCUAGCACAGGCAUGGUUGCUCUUAGCUAUGUCCAGAAGGUAUCUGAGAAGGUUUCUCUUGCAUCAGAUUUUAUGUACAACUACAUGUCAAGAGAUGUUACAGCAAGUUUUGGUUAUGAUUACAUCCUACGACAGUGUCGUCUCAGAGGGAAGAUUGAUUCCAAUGGUUGCACAUCUGCUUUCCUGGAAGAACGGUUGAAUAUGGGUCUGAAUUUUAUUCUUUCUGCUGAGAUUGAUCACAUGAAGAAAGACUACAAAUUUGGGUUUGGUUUGACUGUAGGGGAAUAGAGAAAAGAAGGCUUGAGGUCCAUAUUGAAGGGCUUAAUUAUUUUUGUCCUACAUGCUUCUGUUUUAAUUAGCUCACUCUUGUUCAUCAAUUUCUUCGAGCACAUGUUCUCAGCAGCUCAAUGAGUUAUUACUUUUUGAGUGGAUAUAUUUUUCUUUUACUUUUCUUUAUAGGUAGAGGGAAAGUUUUCAAUUUUGUAUUC